GGCGCUGGAGAAAAACAAAGCGCUCGGCACUCCCAAGUCCCAAACUCUGGCACUCUCCUUCCCAUCGCUGCUUCACAAUUUGUUGUCUGGAAAAAGAGGACCGAGAAAGGAUGAAAAAUCUGAAGCUAUGGAAGAAGCUUUCUUCGAAAAUCAAACUACAGUCGGAGGAUGAAGUGAUACAAUUGGCUGCCUUUGACAUGGAGCGCAAUCGCAUAUUCUGCUCAUCCUCAACAAAUACCUUGUACACUAUUUACCUGCCUUAUCAAGAUGCAGGAGAAUUCAGUUCAGCUUCGUACCACCACGUUGAUAUAGAACCUGGAGACUCCAUUACAUGCAUGGAUUAUCUUAUGGAGAAAGAAGCACUUAUUGCUGGAACAUCCUAUGGACAUAUAUUCUUAUACAAGGUAGAUGAUAAUUUGACUGAAAUUGUUGGUCAAGUAGAGGGUGGUGUUAAGUGUGUCUCCCCUAGUCCCGAUGGAGAUCUGCUUGGCAUAAUUACUGGUUUUGGGCAAAUGCUAGUCAUGACACAAGAAUGGGAGGUGCUAUAUGAGAUGGGAAUUGAUGAUCUACGAGAUGAUACUGACAUAAAUGAACAAAAUUAUUCUUCUAGUUACCCCUUUGAGAGCAUUAUUUCAUGGCGAGGUGAUGGGAAAUACUUUGCCGCUCUGAGCCGGGUAAAUGAUUCAUCUAAGGUGCAUAAGAAGCUUAAUGUUUGGGAACGAGAAUCAGGUAAACAACAUUCUGUUUCUGAACCAAAGGCUUUCAUGGGAACCGCUUUUGACUGGAUGCCCAGUGGAACCAAAAUAGCUGCAGUAUGUGAUGGAAAUGAAGAACACAAGUGUUUAUCAAUUGUUUUCUUUGAGAGGAAUUGUUUGGAAAGGAGCUCAUUUAGACUUAAAGAAGAAAUAGGUGUGACUGUAGAACAUCUGAAAUGGAAUUUGAGUUCAGAUCUUUUAGCAGCAAUAUUACGCAAUGAAAAGUAUGAUUCUCUCAAGAUAUGGUACUUUAGCAACAACCAUUGGUACUUGAAGCAAGAAAUCAGAUAUGCAAAGGAGCAUGGUAUUAAAUUCAUGUGGGAUCCAACAAUUCCACUGCAAUUGAUUUGUUGGACUGUUUGUGGACAGAUCUCAACCUACACUUUUAACUGGGUGACAGCUGUCAUGGAGAGUUCAGUGGCACUUAUAGUUGAUGACUGCAAGAUUUUAGUUACACCCCUUUCUCUCUCUCUUAUUCCUCCCCCUAUGUAUUUAUUUUGUUUAAACUUUCCCAGUGCCAUCCAGAAUAUGGCAUUUUUUACCAGUGGCUCUAAAAAUCAUCUGGCUGCAUCUUUGUCAGAUGGCAGUCUCUGCAUUCUAGAGCUUUCUGAACUUGGCACAUGGGAGGACCUAGAGGACAAAGAAUUCGACGUGGAACCAGCAUCAGUUGAUAUUAUGUGUUGUUCUUAUGCACAUCUUGCAUGGUUGGGUUCACGUAAGCUCCUAUGUGUUUCCCAUUCCAACAACGAUGGGUAUACUGCAUAUAACUUAGAGGAAGUGGAGUUCAUAUGUUCUGAAAAUUACAUUCCUGGUUCAGUAACAUCCUCAGGUUGGCAAGGGAUGAUUUCAAAUCAUGUUUUUCUUGAAGGACCUGUCAUUGGUGUAGUGUCCGACACAUAUAGUUACUCAGCAUGUUUACAGUUUGAUGGUGGAAAAGUUAUUGAAUAUAUUUCGAAGUCCGCUGGGGCAAGAGGAGUCUUGAAACGUAGUGAUUUAUGCUUUCAAUCUUCAUGUCCAUAUAUGAGUCUUGCUCGCGGUGGAGGCCCUUUGCCAAAUAAAGGCUUGCUCUUUGGUCUUGAUAAUAAUGGCCAAUUGCAUGUUGGUGGGAACAUAGUAUGCAACAACUGCACUAGCUUUUGUUUCUACUCUAAUACUGCCGACCAAACAGUCACACAUUUGGUUUUUGCUACGAAGCAGGAUCUAUUGUUUAUUGUUGACAUUAAUGACACCCAACGAAAAGAUUUAGCAGCAGAGUAUCAGAACUUUCUGCCCAUUAUCGGCAACAAAAGAGUAGCUGAUCCGAAGAUUUAUGUAAAUAUAUGGGAAAAAGGUGCCAAAAUUGCUGGUGUAUUGCAUGGAGAUGAGUCUGCUAUCAUACUUCAAACCAACAGAGGUAAUGUUGAAUGCAUCUAUCCCAGAAAGUUGGUCCUUACCUCCAUUAUGAACGCCUUACAUCAGAAGCGUUUUGAAGAUGCAUUACUCAUGGUUAGACGACAUCGGAUAGAUUUCAAUUUUAUUCUUGAUGCUUGUGGGUGGAAAAGAUUUCUUCCGUUAGCUGGUGAGUUUGUGAAGCAAGUUAACAAUUUGAGCUAUAUUACUGAGUUCAUUUGUUCAAUAAAGAAUGAAAACAUCAUUAAUACUAUGUACAAGAACUAUUUAUCUGUCUCCAGCUUGAUGGAAGCUCAAUAUUGUGAAUCUGAAGAUAUCAGGGAUCAUGAUGGUAAGACGAAAGUCUCCUCCGUCCUUUUUGCUAUUCGUAUGGCUCUUGAGGAGCACGUAUCUGAUAGCGCUGCAAGAGAACUUUGCAUUUUGACCACUCUAGCUCGCAGUGAUCCACCAGCUCUUGAAGAAGCUUUAAAGAGGGUAAAAGUCCUCCGAGAAAUGGAGCUGUCAGAUUCAGAUGCUUGCGGAAGAGAACAUUAUCUUUCUGCCGAGGAAGCUAUGAAACAUCUUUUAUGGCUAUCUGACUCUGAGGCUGUUUUUGACUCAGCUUUGGGUCUUUAUGAUUUGAAUCUAGCUGCUAUGGUUGCUUUGAAUUCUCAAAAAGAUCCAAAAGAAUUUCUUCCAUAUCUUCAAGAAUUAGAAAGCAUGGAAACUGUCUUAAUGCAAUAUACUAUUGACCUUAAGCUGCAGCGGCACGAGAAAGCUCUUAAACACAUCAUCUUGGCUGGAGAUGCAUACUUUGAGGACUGUAUGAACCUGAUAAAGAAUAAUCCUCAACUUUUUCCUAUGGGACUUCAACUUAUCACUGACUCAUCAAAAAGAGAGCAAGUCCUUGAGUCUUGGGGAGACCAUCUUAGUGCCAAAAAGUUAUUUGAAGAAGCUGCUACAACUUAUAUGAGCUGUAAUUGUAUGGAUAAGGCAAUAAAAGCUUAUCGCGAUUCUGGUAAUUGGUGUGGGGUUUUGAUGGUUGCUGGUCUGAUCAAACUUGGAAGCGAAGAAAUUUUGCAGCUGGCUCAGGAUCUCUGUGAGGAACUCCAGGCACUUGGUAAGCCAGGGGAUGCUGCAAAGAUUGCCUUGGAGUACUGUAGAGAUGUCAAUGCUGCUAUUACUUUAUUUGUUAGUGCAAGGGAAUGGGAGGAAGCACUGAGGAUCGCUCUUCUGCACAGGAGAAAUGAUUUGGUCCUGGAAGUCAAGAAUUCAUCUGUAGAUUGUGCCAACUCAUUAAUUUGUGAGUAUGGGGAUGGUCUGGAGAAAGUUGGGAAGUACUUGACCCGAUAUUUAGCUGUUCGACAAAGAAGAUUGCUACUUGCUGCGAAGCUCAAGUCAGAUGGGGCAUCUGUGGAUGAAUUUGAUUAUGAGACAGCUUCUGAAACUAGCAGCAAUUUCAGUGGAAUGAGUGCCUAUACCUUAGGGACAAGAAAGGGAGCAUCAACUACCAUUAGCUCAACUUCUACUAAAAAGGGAAGAGGGUUGAGGUCUCAACGGAAGAACGGGAAAAUACGUGCUGGGAGUCCUGGUGAGGAGUUGGCUUUGGUGGAGCACUUGAAUGGGAUGGCUUUGGCAGUGGGGGCAAGGCGCGAACUUAAAUCACACUUAAUUUGCCUAAUGAUGCUACAUGAAGGUGCUGUGGCGAAGAAGUUGCAAUUUGCUGCAAAAAGUUUUCAACUUUCUCAAAUAGCAGCUGUGCGAUUAGCUGAGGAUGCGAUAGCUUCUGAUAAAGUUGAUGAGCAAUCGCAUUGUUUAGACAAAUACGUUCAGAGAGUCUGGGAGGAAAUCCAGCAUUCAGAAGUGUUUUCAUGGCAGGUGAAAGUGUUGGUUUGACUUGACCAUACUACUCUUUUUGUAGGAUUAGUUUCCCAAAUGGAGAGGCGGUUAGUUGCAGCCCUCUUUGUUUUGUUUCACAAUUGUCUUUAUUUGGACAAUAGACAAUCUUGGAUUAUACAAUGUAACCUUAUCACGUGUCAUCCUAGGAAGAAUAGGACCUUAUAUUACAGUGCGUGAAUCUAGAGACGACCAUAAAUUAGCAUGAUGAUGACCUUGUUAGAGUUUUUAUUAGACUAGUUUUGUAUUUCGAAUGGUCUGUCUUCAUGUAAAUCUUGUACUGUAGACCCUUUAUGGGUUAUUUUCGAGUGGGAUUUGUUUUAAAUAUUAAAGUACUAGUAUUUUUACCCGUGCCAUGCACGGGUAAAGUACACUUUUAUAUUUUGA